AUGAGUCAUAAUGGUGUCGGGGACAGCGAUUAUAUGGACUCAAGAAAGUUCAUGCUGUCAGUCCUCCGUGCACGGUGCAUCUGCACCCGCUGUCCGAGUGCGAGUAGUAGCAGCAGCCUACGGGUAGUCGUAGUCGUACCUAUAGUAAAAUGUGCUGUUGGCGGUUGUGAACCUCCAAAGGGUAAGCGUAGCGAAGUGGAGCUCUACACCCGACAGCAACAAAUCCGACACAACCCCACCGGAGCUCAACAGACACAACUUAUAACAGUCCUACGCAACCAGAUCGAAGCCAUGCCUCCCUAUAGCUCAAUGCUGGCCUGA